AUGCUGUACACUGCCCCAGGACAUUUUACAGACUCCUGCUCUAGUCACCCUCUAUAUGUGCCUGAGGAGCUGGAAGAGAAGGAUGCCUUGGGAGUGAGGAGGGCAGCCCUGAGACGUCUGCAGGCUGAGCUGGGCAUCCCCCAGGACCAGAUUUCCAUAAAGGACAUCAUUUUUAUGACCCGAAUCUACCACAAGAGUCCUUCUGAUGACAUCUGGGGAGACCAUGAGAUUGGCUACCUUCUGUUGGUGAGGAAAGACCUUACGCUAAAUCCAGACACCAGGGAAGUGAGACACUGCUGCUAUAUGAGCCAGGAGGACGUGCAGCAGCUACUGGACAGGGAGACCCGUGGAGAAGAAAAGAUCACCCCCUGGUUCAGAACCAUUGUAGAAGGCUUCCUGUUCCGUUGGUGGCCUCAUUUAGAGGAUGUGUCUCCAUUUGUGGAGCCUGAGAAGAUAUAUGGCCUGUGAGUCAUGAGAGUAACUAAUUUUCAGUCUGUCCAA